AUUAAUAAACGCCGGGCAAAUAUUAAUUGAUUGAUGGGUCGUGGAUGUAUAACCUGGCGGAGAUGGAUUAUAAAACGACACCGUUUGGAAAUAAUUGCCUUGCUUCAACAGCUACUGCUUCCCCGAAAAAAGGUGGAAGCAGGGUCAUCGGCAUCUUCUAAUGGGCAUCUCCGGCGAAGAUACCGAAUCUUCCCGCCUCCUCACCACUACCUCCACUGGAUCUCCUUGCAAGAUUCCUAAAGAUUCUUACCACUUUGCCUACAUCAUCUACUUUACCCUGGGCGCCGGUUUCCUCCUUCCCUGGAACGCCUUCAUCACCGCCGUCGAUUACUUCUCCUACCUCUAUCCAGAUGUCAGCGUCGAUCGCAUCUUCGCCGUCGUUUACAUGGUGGUCGCUCUCUUCUGCCUCCUCCUUAUUAUCGCCUACACCCACAAGUCAGACGCCUUCGUCCGCAUCAACAUCGGCAUGGCCAUCUUCAUCGUCGGUCUUCUCGUGGUUCCGAUAAUGGAUGUUGUGUACAUAAAGGGCCAGACAGGGCUCUAUUCGGGCUUUUAUGUGACUGUUGCGGCCGUUGGACUUUCGGGUUUGGGCGAUGCAUUGGUACAGGGCGGGGUCAUCGGGUCCGCCGGUGAGAUGCCGGAGCGGUACAUGCAAGCCGUCGUCGCCGGAACUGCAGCCUCCGGGGUGCUUGUUUCAUUUCUAAGGAUCUUCACCAAGGCUGUGUUUUCACAAGAUACCCAGGGCCUGAGAAGAAGUGCAAUCCUGUAUUUUUCAGUGAGUAUUGUCGUUAUGGCAGUAUGCAUUGUCUUUUACAAUGUGGCGCACAGGCUUCCAGUUAUUAAGUACUAUAGAAAUCUAAAGGCACAGGCAGUUAAUGAGGAGAAAGAAGAGAAAGGUUCCUUGACAGCAGCUGUAUGGGGAGCAACCUUAUGGGAUAUAUUAGGGAGAGUCAAGUGGUAUGGGUUUGGCAUCCUCCUCAUCUAUGUUGUCACUUUGUCAAUAUUUCCAGGAUAUAUCACAGAGGAUGUGCAUUCCAAGGUCCUCAAGGACUGGUACCCAAUCCUCCUCAUUGCUGGCUACAAUGUGUUUGACUUGGUUGGCAAGUCUCUAACAGCAGUAUACCUCCUUGAGAAUGCAAAGAUUGCAAUUAGCGCUUGCAUUGCAAGAUUAUUGUUUUAUCCUCUCUUCUUAGUUUGCUUGCAUGGCCCCGAAUUCUUCCGAACAGAGAUUCCGGUGACAGUACUGACUUGUCUUCUGGGACUUACCAAUGGCUACUUAACGAGUGUGUUGAUGAUUUUGGCUCCUAAAGCUGUCCAAUUACAGCAUGCUGAGACUGCAGGCAUUGUGAUUGUACUGUUCUUAGUUGUUGGCCUUGCUAUUGGUUCAAUUGUUGCUUGGUUCUGGGUCAUAUGAUAUUUAAUCAUCUUGUUUGGCAUUGAUUUCCCUCCAGACCUUCUGCGUGGUGGCAACCAAAAUUAGGAUUCAACAAUGAAUUGCCCUUCUGGUGGUGCAAAUCAACAAAACCUUGUAAUUUAUACAACAGUUAACACUAUUGUUUCUUUUGCAUUGUAUGGUGAAAUAUGCAGUUGUUGAAAGUUGAUCUA